CGUGAAUUCAGUAUCGUCUUAAACUCCGGUCAGUCAGUGUGAGGUUCCGCUACGACCGGAUUUGUGUCUUCCUUUGAUUAGAUUUAAUCGGUACAGGGUCGUUCCGUGAGGUCGUCUGCAGCACGUUUGGUGAUACUGUUUCGCGUGCGGUUUUAUUCUUUUUCAAUUUCCUUACGCCCUUGCUGAAUAAGGAUUCCUCUCCCGGCAUCUCGGGCCGCUACUUUCCACAGACUAUUGAUUAUUCCGACUGACUGUUGUAAAGAUUCGCAGAUCGAAACUUCGUAAUUAUUUUGUUCUGUUAUUCGAUUAGUUUUAGUGCUGUGAAACGUUCCUUGUACGAAUUCGAGAUUCGGUUUUGACGGUUGGCUCAGAUCUCAGAUUACGAAUAUGAGCUCUGGUGAUCCGUGGUCACUCCCGGUAAAGCAGGGUCUUUAUGACCCAACACUCGAGAAGGAUGCCUGUGGGGUCGGUUUCAUCGUGGCCAUUGAUGGAAAACGUUCUCACAAGAUCGUUCGCGAUGCUGAGAAGCUAUCAGCCCGCAUGAAUCACAGAGGUGCUUGCGCAUGUGAUAACGAUACUGGUGACGGUGCCGGUGUACUUUGCGCAAUUCCUCAUGAUUAUUAUGCAGCUGAAAUUCGUGAGACGCAGGGAAUUGAAUUGCCUGAAUUUGGACGUUACGCUACUGGUAUUCUUUUUCUGGAUAAGAAUACUCACGAGGAAACCGAAGCUGCAUUCGAGAAACUUGCCAAAAAAUGCAAACUCAGAGUCCUUUGCUGGCGUGACGUACCCACAGACAACAGUGCCAUUGGUCAAGUGGCACGAAAAUGCGAGCCUUACAUGCGUCAGGUCUUCGUCACCGGCGACCAAGAGGUGGAAGCCCUCAAUCGUCAGGUGUUCGUAUUGCGAAAAAGAUCAUCGCACACAAUUCCCAAACCCGGUCUGCGAUACUACAUCUGUUCGUUUUCGCUGAAGACUGUCGUUUACAAAGGACAGCUCACCGCAGAUCAACUAUGGCUCUAUUUCCUGGAUUUGAAAUCCCCGAAAUUCGAGACUUACCUGGCGCUGGUACACACUCGUUUUUCGACAAAUACUUUUCCAAGCUGGGAAAGGGCUCACCCACUUCGAUUGCUCGCACACAAUGGCGAAAUCAAUACUCUGCGUGGCAACGUGAAUUUGAUGAAGGCUCGCGAAGGCGUGAUGAGCAGUGCCUUGUACGGUGAUGAAUUGAAGGAACUGUAUCCAGUCGUGGAGCCUAAUCUCUCAGAUUCCGGUGCAGCCGAUUGCGUCUUGGAAUUCUUAGUGAUGGCUGGACAGAGAACAUUGCCUGAGGCUGUGAUGACUAUGGUACCAGAAGCGUGGCAGAACGAUCACACCAUGGCUACUGAGAAACGUGACUUUUACCAUUGGGCAGCCUGCGCCAUGGAGCCAUGGGAUGGUCCAGCUCUUCUCACUUUCACCGAUGGACGCUACGUCGGAGCAAUUUUAGACAGAAAUGGCCUGCGCCCGUCGCGCUUCUACGUCACUAAGGAUAACAUGAUGGUGAUGGCGUCCGAGGUGGGCGUCUAUGAUACUCCGCCCAGCAAUGUUGUCCUGAAGAGUCGCUUGAAGCCCGGAAGAAUGCUACUGGUUGACACAGAAGAAAAACAGAUCAUUCAGGAUGUCGAGCUGAAGCUCAAGAUUGCACGGAGCCGACCUCACUCGCUCUGGCUAAAGGAGCAGAUGAUAACCUUGGAACAAUUGCGACUGGCUCAUAUUGAGGCACAUGGACCUAAUAGCCUUAAUGAAAAUAGUAACUAUACCGAUGCACCGCAGCAGAACGGAAUAGUGGGAUUUGAAAAUCCAAUUUCUGGCGUGAAUCGUGUAUGGGGUGGUGAUAAGAGAUUGUCCCUUUAUGGUUAUACUCUGGAAACCAUAAACAUGCUGUUGAUACCCAUGAUUCAGACAAAAAAAGAGUCUUUGGGUUCCAUGGGUAAUGAUGCUCCUCUGGCUUGCUUAUCACAUUUCCAACCACUCAUUUAUGAGUAUUUCAAGCAACUGUUCGCCCAGGUCACGAAUCCUCCCAUCGAUCCAUUUAGAGAGAAAAUCGUAAUGUCUCUUUUGUGUCCAAUUGGACCUGUGAGCAACAUUUUGGAACCCAACGAAUUACAAGUUCAUCGAUUGUUCUUGCCGCAACCGAUACUCUCUUUGAGUGACCUUGAUGUGAUUAAAAAGACCUCCUAUCGCGGAUGGCGUACAAAGGUUAUUGACAUCACGUACCCAGUCGAAGACGGACCUGCUGGUCUUUUGAAAACUUUGAAUCGCGUAAGCGACGAAGCAAAUCAGGCUGCUCGUGAUGGUUAUCAAAUUUUGGUUCUAUCUGAUAGACAAGCUGGACCUGAAAGAAUCCCAGUGAGCACUUUACUGGCUCUUGGUGCUGUUCAUCACUUCUUGAUUGAGGAACGGCAACGGAUGAAAGUUGGUAUCAUUGUUGAAUCUGGCGAGGCUCGUGAGGUCCAUCAUAUGUGUGUUUUGCUGGGAUAUGGUGCCGAUGCUAUUUGUCCAUAUCUGGUAUUCGAAAUGGCGAGAAACCUAAGAGCCGACGGAGCUUUGGAAGCUUCGUUUACUGACGAGAUUAUGUACAAGAAUUAUUCCGAAGCCAUGGAACGCGGAAUUGCCAAAGUGAUGGCCAAAAUGGGCAUUUCAACUCUGCAAUCGUACAAAAGUGCACAGAUCUUUGAAGCCGUCGGUCUCUCCGACGAAGUGAUUGAUAAGUGCUUCAGGGGAACACAAUCUCGAAUCGGUGGAGUGACCUUUGACAUUUUGAGCAAAGAGACCUUUGAGAGACAUCAAUUGACUUAUCACGAAAAAGUGGUUGACAUGAUAGUUCUACGAAAUCCUGGAAUUUAUCACUGGAGAUCUGGCGGUGAGAAACAUAUAAAUGAUCCAGUCAGCAUUGCCAACUUGCAGGAUGCUGUUACAUCCAAGAAUAACAGUGCUUAUGAGAAUUAUCGUAAAACGUCCAUGGAAGCCAUAAGAUCUUGUACUCUUCGGGGACAAUUGGAAUUCGUCAAAACGAAUAAAUCAGUUCCAAUUGAUGAGGUAGAACCAGCAUCGGAAAUUGUCAAACGCUUUGCAACCGGCGCCAUGAGUUUCGGUAGUAUUUCACUAGAGGCGCAUUCGACCCUUGCAGUUGCAAUGAAUAGAAUCGGUGGAAAAUCCAACACUGGCGAGGGUGGUGAGAAUGCUGACAGAUAUCUCAAUCAGGAUCCUGAAUUUAACAAACGUUCCGCUAUUAAGCAAGUGGCUAGUGGAAGAUUUGGUGUAACUUCAAGCUAUUUAGCCAAUGCUGAUGACUUACAAAUUAAAAUGGCACAAGGUGCCAAACCUGGUGAAGGUGGUGAAUUGCCUGGAUACAAGGUAACUGCUGACAUCGCUGCUACUCGACAUUCUGUACCAGGAGUAGGCCUUAUCUCUCCACCACCGCAUCACGAUAUCUACUCGAUUGAGGAUCUAGCAGAAUUGAUCUAUGAUCUAAAGUGUGCCAAUCCGAAUGCACGUAUAUCCGUUAAGCUCGUAUCGGAAGUCGGUGUUGGCGUAGUUGCAGCUGGUGUUGCAAAGGGGAAAGCAGAGCACGUGGUUAUAUCCGGACAUGAUGGUGGUACUGGUGCUAGUAGCUGGACGGGAAUAAAAUUUGCAGGUCUUCCUUGGGAAUUGGGAAUCGCAGAAACUCAUCAGGUUCUUACUCUGAACAACCUACGUUCUCGUAUGAUAGUUCAAGCCGAUGGACAAUUGCGAACAGGAUUUGAUAUUGUCGUAGCAGCUUUACUUGGAGCUGAUGAAUUUGGCUUUAGUACUGCUCCUUUGAUCGCUAUGGGAUGCACAAUGAUGAGGAAAUGUCACUUGAACACUUGUCCAGUCGGAAUUGCUACGCAGGAUCCUGUGUUGCGUAAGAAAUUCGAAGGCAAACCUGAACAUGUGAUAAACUUCUUCUUCAUGCUGGCCGAAGAGGUACGAUCUCACAUGGCCAAUUUAGGUAUUCGUAAAUUCCAAGAUCUCGUAGGACGCACUGAUUUGCUGAAAGUUCGCGAAGACAUUACUCACGACAAAGCUAUGACGCUUAAUUUGUCAAAUAUUGUUCGUAGCGCUUUAGAUAUGAGACCUGGUGUCAAUAUCAAAGGUGGAUCAGUCAAACAAGACUUCCAGCUUGAGAAUCGAUUGGACAAUCAACUGAUUGAACAGGCAGCACCAGUAUUGAGCGGACAGAAAAAGAGUGUCGAUAUCGAAAUGACCAUUAAUAACGAAUGCAGAGCAUUCGCAUCAACAUUGAGUUAUCAUAUUUCAAAACAAUUUGGAGAGGCCGGUUUACCAGAACACAGUAUAAAUAUUAAAAUGACUGGUUCGGCUGGUCAGAGUUUCUGUGCAUUCAUGACUAGUGGUAUUCAUGUAACGUUGGAAGGAGAUGCGAACGAUUACGUAGGCAAGAGUUUGUGCGGUGGCGAAAUCGUAAUUUACCCACCUAAGGAAUCAGAAUUCAAUUCCGAAGCCAACGUCAUCGUUGGUAAUGUCUGUCUAUAUGGUGCAACUUCUGGAAAAGCUUAUUUCCGUGGUAUAGCUGCAGAAAGAUUCAGUGUUCGUAACAGUGGCGCCAUAGUUGUCGUAGAGGGUGUUGGUGAUCAUGGCUGUGAAUACAUGACUGGUGGUUGUGCAGUAAUUUUAGGAUUGACUGGGCGGAAUUUCGCUGCCGGCAUGUCUGGAGGAAUCGCUUAUGUAUUGGACGUUGAUGGCUCCUUUAAAAGCAAAUGCAAUCCAGAAAUGGUAGAAUUGCUGCCGUUAAACGAUAAAGACGACAUUGCUUACGUGAAACAACUUUUGGAAGAAUUUGUAGAAAAGACUGGAUCGUUAAUUGCUAAAGAUUUGCUUGUGCUCUGGCCUGAACCUACUACGAGAUUCGUUAAGGUCUUUCCAUAUGAAUAUCAACGUGCAUUGAAGCAAAUGGAGGAAGACAAGCUUGCCGAACCUGUUGUAAAUGGAAAUUCCAAAGCUGUGGAACCCCAAGUGAAGGACAUCGAAGAUGUUAUAGCCGAUGCCGAUAUGGAACAACGUAAACUGGAUAAAAUAAGAGGAUUCAUGAAGUACAAGAGACAUACUUCCGUGUACAGACCAGCUGAAAAACGAUUGGAAGAUUGGGAUGAAAUUUACAACUUCCCAGCUGUACGAAAAACGUUGAAAGUACAGGCUGCUCGGUGCAUGGAAUGCGGUGUGCCAUUCUGUCAAAGUAGCCAUGGUUGUCCCCUUGGCAAUAUAAUUCCCAAAUGGAAUGAUUUGAUAUUCCAUUCCAACUGGAAAGAAGCUCUGAAUCAGCUUUUACAAACGAAUAACUUCCCUGAAUUUACGGGAAGAGUUUGCCCAGCACCCUGUGAGGGCGCUUGCGUACUAGGAAUAUCAGAACCUCCUGUCACAAUAAAAAAUAUCGAAUGUGCAAUCAUAGACCAUGCUUUUGAAAAUGGGUGGAUAGUUCCUCAUCCUCCAGUACACAGAACUGGUUUUAAGGUUGCCGUUGUGGGAUCUGGGCCUGCUGGACUUGCUGCUGCUCAUCAGCUCAAUAAAGCUGGUCACAAUGUGACAGUCUUCGAAAGGAAUGAUCGUGUUGGCGGACUCCUACAAUAUGGAAUUCCUACAAUGAAAUUGUCCAAGCAAGUUGUUCAACGAAGAGUCUCCUUACUUGCUGCGGAAGGAAUAAUAUUCAAGACUGGCGUGAAUGUUGGCAAGGAUAUUUCUGCAAAGGAAUUGAAAGAGCAGUUUAACGCAGUUCUCCUAUGUACUGGAGCUACAUGGCCUAGAGAUCUACCAAUUCCAGGACGACAUCUGGAGGGUAUCCAUUUUGCUGUGAGUUUCCUCGAACAUUGGCAGAAAAAACAAAUGGGUAAUACCGCACCUUUGAAUAUGAGACUAAUGGCUGAGAAUAAGGAUGUCAUUAUCAUUGGUGGUGGAGACACUGGAUGCGAUUGCAUUGCUACUUCCUUGCGACAGGGUGCUAAGAGCAUCACGACUUUUGAAAUCCUUCCGGAGCCCCCAAAGAGAAGGGCAACGGACAAUCCUUGGCCUCAAUUCCCACGAGUAUUUAAAGUCGAUUAUGGUCACGAGGAAGUGUCUCUUAAAUUCGGCCGUGAUCCACGCCAAUUCAGUACGCUUAGCAAGGAAUUCCUUGAUGAUGGAAAAGGACACGUGAGCGGCAUCAAGACCGUUACCGUAGAAUGGACGAAGGAUGAUGUAGGACGUUGGAAGAUGACGGAAGUGGAAGGUUCUGAAAAGGUAUACAAAUGCGACUUAGUCUUACUAGCAAUGGGUUUCUUGGGGCCCGAGAAGUACAUCGCCGAGGACCUGGAAGCUAAACUAGAUCCUCGUGGAAACUAUGAAACUCCUGGAGGAAAAUAUGCAACCAGUUUAUCUGGUAUUUACGCUGCAGGAGACUGCAGAAGAGGUCAAUCCCUUGUAGUUUGGGCAAUAACUGAGGGACGGCAGGCAGCCAGAGAAAUAGAUUUUGCACUAGUAGGUCAAACAACUCUACCAGGACCCGGUGGAGUAAUAUCUGGUCUGAUCGUAUAAGAAGUCCAAUGAAACAACGGAGUCUUCCUAUCUUUGCAUUAAAAUACGUCGUAGACAAUUUGAAUCCUCUUUGGAGGAAUUAGAUCAUGCAGAUGAAGUUACCAUACUUCAGGCUACGUUUGUGUUAUGAUGUUAUGGUAUUGGCUAUGGUUUUUACGAAGAUUUUAUCAGUAAAAGAAAGGAAUAUGCCUUGUUAAAAGAUAAAGGAGGUAAGCCUGUACGUAUGAGCUCUACAAUGGUUGAGAAGCGGACGCAUGAAUUCGAUAGAGUUAAUAAUUGCGUACCUAGUUCGAUACAGGGAAUCGACUAAACAAGGUGAGAUUAGAACACGAGAUGCGUUGCCAUAACGCUAAUUUAUUAAAAUUUACUCGUGCUAGAUAUACUUAGAGAUCUGUCUCUACUUGUUGGAUAUCAUGGGGAAAGUUCCGUAAGAAAAAGUCUAAGAUACUGUGGCGUAGACAUUUCACUUUAUUCUUAUUAGAUGAAAAUUAAAAAGAUUAAUCGCAUCUCUACCACAUAUUUAUGAAAGAACGAUGCAGUUUACGCUACGAAUAAUACUGCAUAGGGAUAUUAAUCUCGACUCUUUCAUAUGGAUGGUCGUAUUAAUUUUUUUCAAUUGGUUUUUUUUCUUCGCCCAUACUAGUACAAGGACUAGUACUUUAUUAUGGACCGAAAUUAAGUACUGAAAGUUUGGCAAAAAUGAUAAAGUAAGAGAAUGUUAUAACGAGAAACGGUAUUAAUGUGAGAAUUAGAGUGUAUGAGAUGCAACAAACAAAUUAUGCUUUGCAUUCCGUAUUGCGGCAAUGUUUUAUUUCUAUAUAUUCCCCGUCAUUUAUAUUACGAUCUCUGUGCGAUCAUAGUGAAUUGGUUUAUGGUUUUCAAUAGUUGGAUUUAUUCAAUGACCUACCUACUUAAGGCAAAUCAUCCAUAGCUUUUGGUAUGGCCUCAUCUUCAGGGAAAUGCCGAUGGAUACGUUUUAAUUCAGCUCAGUAAUACAGAUGCAAUAAAAAUUAGCUCUUAUCAAGUUCUGUGUAGUUAGCAGCUAAAAUUCAGUCCUAAAAAUUCAAAUUAAUUUUGGUAUCAUAAUGACAUAAAAGUUACCAAUACGUGGUUGUAUAGGUGAGAUGGUGAAUACGGUUCAUGCAAUUGUGUUCUUAAGGUGUUCCUCUGAAGUCAAUCAAUAACUAUUGAUGUUUCAAAUUUGUCAUACGUAUAAAGUACAAAAUUAACAAUGUCCCUAUUUGAAGUGCAGCUUUUAUUAAAUAGGUGCAUUCAUAAAACUGAUAAAUGGUAUUUAAUUUCUUGGCCUGAUUGAAUCGUAUCCACUGCGUUUCAUUAAUAACAUAUUUAAUAAUGUAUUACACUUUUUGCCGCGCAUAAAAUAAUCUCAUGAACGUAACGCGUGAAGACGAACGAGAUAUAUAUAUACAUAACACGCACGUUUGAUUGCUCCUUGUUCAUCUCUGUUCCAUGUUAUUCCUUCUAUUUUUUUAUGUUUCGUAGGCCUUAUCGGUUUUGCUAACUUAUAAUCAACAUCGAACGUUUAUAUUAUACAUAAAUAUAUGUUAUAGACUAUUUAUUUCGUGUAUAAAUUUAUGUGUCACGUCUAGAACGUGCAACAUCUUUAUACUUCAGUAUCUGCUCGUUACUACUCUAAUUAGUUGAUUAAUAUAAGUUACAUGUAUGAAAUUCUCACUCCUAUCACUGUACAUUUCAAUGCAUACUAUUAUACUAACAAGACAAUAAAAAUAUAUUGAAUGUUAA